UUGUGAAGUCCAUGCCACCAGUCACUUCAACCUCAGUGUCAUGAGUCCUCAGUUGCUCUUGGCCCACCCAGACCUCUGGGGAAAGCUAAGAGGGAGCAGAAAGCCCCUGGCCCCCAAGUUCCAGAAUCCCAGGCGCUGAUUGGCUGGGGAUCCUGGGAUCAAUUUGCAUCAAAAAGCCCCCAGCUCUCAUUGAAAUUCUCCUCAUGGUUCAUUGAACCAAACGGAGCAGGAAAGGAGAGCCCGAGCAUUGGACAACCUGCAAUUCCCAGACUCUGGGAGCCUGCCUCGGAGCAGGGAGGGGGGAGAGGACUUGGCUGUGCUGGCACUUUUGUCUCCUCCUCCGGCCCUACGUCCUCCAGUUACUGUGGCUGCCUGGGAGUGUGCGGUCAGUCUCGGGAUCCGCUAGUCAGGGUAGUCCAGUCAGCUCCGCAGGACCCUUCAGCAUGCCUGACAGUGAAGAGAGCCUCAAGAAGAAAGCCCUGGAUGGAAGUUUAGGGAAGACUCCGGAAGCCUUCGAAACCAGGUUUUUGAACAGACUUCCUCCAGGAGGGACUAUACAGGCUCGAAAGCUCAGUUUGAAUCUACCGCGUCUGAAAAACUUAAGACAGAAUGUUCAGAGAAGCAUCCUACCUGACCAUCAGCACCUCUCCAAAGAGUCCCUCAACAAUGCCUUGGAUAACCUGUACCUUGAGAGCACAUUGGAAAAAGAAGAGGCCUCUGCAGAGUCCCUGUGGACGACAUCAGCGGAUGGGUUGGUCAAGAUCCGGAUGGACCACAGUUGCUCCCAGACCCCAAAGACUGUGCACCAAGUGUUCCUGGAGUGUUUGGAGAAGUAUGGAAAUAUGAUCGCCCUGAGCAGCAAGCGGGAUGGGAAAUGGGAGAGGAUCACCUACUCUCAGUACUAUCUUCUUGCCCGAAAAGCUGCCAAAGGGUUUUUGAAGCUUGGCCUGGAGCAUGUUCACAGUGUAGCUAUCCUUGGAUACAACUCCCCAGAGUGGUUUAUCUCAGCUGUGGGCACAGUCUUUGCUGGGGGCAUCCUUACAGGAAUCUAUACAACCAGCUCCCCUGAGGCUUGCCAAUACAUUGCCCAUGAUUGCAAGGCCAACAUCAUCCUGGUGGAUACCCAGAAACAGCUGGAAAAGAUACUGAAGAUCUGGAAGAAUUUGCCAUAUUUGAAGGCUGUCGUGAUGUUCCAAGAGACCCCAGCAGAGAAAAUUCCUAACGUAUACACGAUGGAAGAGUUCCUGGAGAUAGGGAAUGAGAUCCCAGAGGCCACCCUGGAUGGCAUCAUCAACUCCCAAAAACCCAACCAGUGCUGCGUGCUAGUCUACACAUCUGGUACCACUGGCAACCCCAAAGGCGUGAUGCUGAGUCAGGACAAUAUCACUUGGACGGCCAAGUUUGGCAGCCAAGCAGGGGACAUCCAGCCAGCCGAGAUUCAGCAGGAGGUUGUGGUUAGCUACCUGCCCCUCAGCCACAUCGCUGCUCAGAUGUAUGACCUUUGGACAGGAAUCCAAUGGGGGGCCAACAUCUGCUUUGCUGAGCCUGAUGCCCUGAAGACAAGCUUGGUGACCACCCUGAAGGAGGUGGAGCCCACUGCCCACAUGGGAGUGCCCAGAGUGUGGGAGAAGAUCAUGGAGGGGAUCAAGGGGGCAUCAGCUCAGGCUGGAUUCUUCAAGAGGAAGAUGUUCUUGUGGGCUAUGGCUGUAACCAUGGAGCGAAACCUCAGCUGCCCAAGCAGUGACCUGAAACCUUUCACCAUGAGACUGGCUGAUUAUUUGGUUCUGGCCAAGAUCCGCAAGGCUUUGGGGUUUGCCAACUGCCUGAAGAAUUUCUAUGGUGCUGCCCCGAUGACCACAGAGACCCUGCACUUCUUCCUGGGCCUCAAUAUCCGCUUGUAUGCGGGCUAUGGGCUGAGCGAGUCCUCCGGCCCACACUUCAUGUCCAAUUCCUUCAACUACAGGCUCUACAGCUCUGGAAAGGUGCUGCCAGGCUGUAAGGCAAAGCUGGUGAAUGUUGAUGCUGAAGGCAAUGGGGAGAUCUGCCUGUGGGGCCGAACCGUCUUCAUGGGCUACCUUAACAUGGAGGAGAAGACGAGAGAAGCCAUUGAUGAGGAUGGCUGGCUACACACAGGAGACAUGGGGAAGCUAGACAAUGAUGGCUUUCUCUAUAUCACUGGGAGGCUUAAAGAAUUAAUCAUAACAGCUGGAGGGGAGAAUGUGCCUCCCUUCCCCAUUGAGGAGGCUGUGAAGACAGAGCUCCCUAUCAUUAGCAAUGCUAUGCUGAUUGGAGACCAGAGGAAAUUUCUGUCCAUGUUGCUGACCUUGAAGUGCACUCUAGAUCCAGAAACCUCAGAUCCAACAGAUUAUCUCACGGACCAAGCCUUGGAGUUCUGCCAGAAGGUUGGCAGCAAAGCCACGAAAGUGUCGGAGAUAGUGGGCAGGAAGGACGAAGCCAUUUACCAGGCCAUCGAAGAAGGCAUCCAGAGAGUCAAUGAGAAAGCUGCUGCCCAGCCUUACCGUGUCCAGAAGUGGACCCUCCUGGAAAGGGACUUUUCCAUUUCUGGGGGAGAAUUUGGUCCUACAAUGAAACUGAAGCGCUUAGCAGUUCUUGAGAAGUACAAAGAAGAAAUUGAAUCAUUUUACAAAGAACCAAACAACUAAUCAGGGGCUCCUUUUCUAGUCUCUACUGAACAGAUGCCUUGGGCCUUUCUCCCCUGGGAAUCAGGUUAUCUUAAAACUGGGGCACAAAAAGAUUUCCCAACAAAUCUGUUCAGCCUCCCAGGGCGAUGGAGUCUUGGGCUAGCCACAGCUGUCAGACCAUAAUGCAACUCUGCAGCUGAAUACCACAAAGUGGCCAGCUUCACUUGUAGAUAAUUAGUUUGAAUUCUGUACAAUUAUAUUUGUUACACAUAACAAAUGCAGCCACCUUAACCCCUCCUCCUCCAUGACGAUCUUCAGGCUUCUUGGCUCUAAUUUUAGAUUUGAUGGGCUGCAAAUCAGCAUAGCAGAGAAAGGGAAGGCAGGUCUCCUAACCUGUCAUGGAAGUGACUUAGGACUAACGCAUGGUAGGCAGUGAGAGAUUUGCUUACCUGCCAAGGAUAACAGCUUGAUGUCUGUACUUGAUCUGAAUGUGCCAGCCAUCCAGGCCUGACAUUACCUGUUAUGGUACACACCUAUGACCCAGCAUUUAAUGAAGCUGCUGACAUUUCCCUCCUAAUGGUCAUAAUUCAAUAAAUGUACAAUUUGAACACUAAA